CACUACAAACUCGGCACGCUCCAUGUUUCUCGAAGGAGAGAGGAUUAUGAGCGCCUUCGGGCAGCAGCCAUCGCCGCAGCAGCUGAGCCCGGUGGCAAACCCGAGCGCGCAGGACAUGUUGGACAUGGCCGCCUACUGCGACAACCUGAGCGCCUACCACCAUCACCAUCAACAGCAACAGAGCGCACACCACCCGUCACCUAGAUCUUCCGUGCAUGCUCAGGCAUAUGGCCUGGCCGAGUACGCAGCUCCCGGUGCGAACCCGUACCUGUGGCUGAACGGGCCGAGCAUCGGUACUACCUCCUCUCCGUACCUUCCAGGAGGCGCAAACGGGGCCUCCACCUACAUGCAGCCUGGUUAUGGAGCAAGUCAGCGACAGUUCCUGGCACCUCCAGCCGGUUUCCACGGGACCGACCUCGGAUGGCUGGCCGUCCCGGGACAACAGGACCUUUUCAAGAUGGUUCGACCUCCAUACUCGUAUUCCGCCCUGAUUGCCAUGGCUAUCCAAAACGCACAGGGCAAAAAACUCACACUCAGCCAGAUCUACCAGUAUGUCUCUGACAACUUUCCGUUUUACAAAAAGAGCAAAGCAGGAUGGCAAAACUCCAUCAGGCACAACCUGUCGCUUAAUGACUGCUUUAAAAAGGUCGCGCGAGACGAGGACGAUCCUGGCAAGGGCAACUACUGGACUCUGGACCCAAACUGUGAGAAAAUGUUUGACAACGGUAACUUCAGGAGAAAGAGAAAGAGACGAGUCGAUGCGGUGAAAACGGAGGACACGAGCGCGCUCAAACUGGCGGACACGGCGAGCCUCGCGGGCGUCGUGCAGCGUUCACCGAGCCCGAGCGACCCCAAAUCCUCACCAGAGCUCACUCCGUGUUUCAGCACGUUCGUCAGCACCAUGAACUCGGUGGUGACAGGAAACGGAGACGGGAUGAGGGCGCGGGACACUGGUGCGCUGCUGGCGGAUUUAACACGGGGCCGGGAGGGUGUGUCGCCCCUGAGCUCCUACUGCCCCGGAGAGUCAGCUCCUCCGAGCGACCCGGGCCACAUGAACCACAGACUGAGUUACUACAGCCCCGGCCUCGGCAACCACUUCAGCGUAAACAAUUUAAUAUACAGCCGCGAGGGAACCGAGGUUUAGGUGGGACUUGGAUAGACAGAAUAGGAUCUUACUGCGCUCUGUGAGCGCACACCUCAUGUUUUCACCUUUAUUUGUAUUUUGGUUGGGCUUGGUUUUUGAGACAUUGCCAAACCAAUUGCACUCUCAAGUCCUGUAAAUAUGUAUAUGCACAGUAAAAAAAAAAUCCAGUUUUCAAUUGAUUUGUCAGACUUGAUGUUAUUGUAAGGCUAUUGCAAGGAAAAAAACGUUUUGCAUUGACAUAUACAGUGUUCACCCCUGCACUGCUCCAAAGUGUAAAUGUGGAGAAUUUACUCAU